AUGAUUGGGCGCAUACCAAGAACCUUCAGUCGUCGUGACAACCGUACGAAUCAAGAACCACUUUCGUUGCUACAAUUGUGGAGGCCUUGGUCAUCUACAACGUUCUUGCCCAUCCAACUUACCUGGAGUCAUCGUCGCGCACAAACAUCAAUCAGCAAAAACUCCUUGAAUGCAACCACCACCACUACUCAGCAAGUACCUGAAGGCCGGCUCAUUGAUCUCACCGAGGAACCCGAUUUUGGAAAUGUCAACCCGACACCUGAGCUAGAUUUGGAUGUCAAUCAUUUGAAGGAACUCAACGCAAUAAAGGAAUCCGAUUUGAUUGGUUCAAGCGAUGUACAACCGAUACCAGAUUGGCGACACGACACCUGGCAGAUCAAACAAGGCAACCACACCCAUAUCUUGACUCCAAGUCGCAAACGGCAGAUUCCUGAUUUGGCUUAUCUUCUCAGUCAUCGCGAGAUGCAACGAUUGUCACGCACCAAGGCUAUCAGCGAGAUGUAUUUGUUCUAUACGGCUGACAAGAUCGACAAAUACGAUGGCACCUUUGAUACUUUGGUUCAUGAAUACGCUGAUGUCUUCCGAAACGAACUACCAGGCUUACCUCCAGAUCGUGAUAUUGAGCAUGUGAUUGAUACUGGUGAUGCUCAACCCAUCAAUCGGCAUCCUUUCAAGAUGAGUCCUCUCGAGCUGGAUGAAUUGCGGCGUCAAUUGGCUGAACUCCAAACCUUGGGAUUGAUUGAACCAAGUAACUCUCCAUGGGGUGCACCAGUUCUGUUUGUCCGCAAGAAAGAUGGUUCAAUGAGACUCUGUAUCGAUUAUCGCGCUCUCAAUGCAGUGACACGUCGCAAUGCCCAUCCCUUACCACGAAUUGAUGAAUGUCUCGAACGUCUUGGUGGUGCACGAUUCUUCUCCAGCAUCGACCUCAAGAGUGGUUACCAUCAAUGCUCCCUUUUGGAUUGA